CUGGAGGACAAGGUUGACAUAAGUUUACCUACCAGCAUUUCGUGUGUUUUUUUUUUAAUAGUGGACGGAUCGGAAUUCACCGUUCCAACUAGAAAGUCCAGUCCGACAGCGCGAAAUGACACAGGAGCUUGUAAAAAAGAGGGGUGUUCUGGUGUUCCAGAAUGAGCCAUCGUACAGCGGUGGUCAGCGGCAGGCACUCAUGGAGGAUGACGAAGAGUGGAGGACCUUCCUAGAGAACCCCCUGACCGCCGCCUCCAAGGCCAUGAUGGACAUCAACGGAGAUGAGGACAGCGCCAAUGCUCCCCUCUAUAACUACUAUAAGGUGCCACGAGACAAGAGAACGACUGGACAGCCCAAAACAGAAGUGAUUGUGGGCGAUGCUGAUCCAAACAAAAUGAACUUCAUGGUGCCACUCCAAGACUCUCCCCUGGCCAUGACAACUCUGAGGACCGUCCCUCGCAACACCGCGGCCCAGGGCAGCAGCCAACCCAGCCGGAGGGACAAGACCCGGGCUCUCUACCCAGCCUCAAACUCCAUAGUCUGCCUCUCCACCACCUCCACCUCCAGCCCUCCCCCCUACUCCUUCAGCCCAGAGGGGACCCUGGCCCUGCACUCUUUCCCCGUUUGCUCCCCCCCUGGUUCCCAGAGUUCCCAGUCGGAUGGCAUGGCCUUCAGUCGCCAGCUCAACCACAGCCAGUACAGCCCCAGAGCCCAGAGCCUCACCCCCGACUCCACCUACACAGAGUCCUACAAGGACAGCUCCAAUGAGGUCUUCCCUCUCUCUGAGGAGGUCCAGCUACGUAUGGCCUCCAUCCCUCCCGGUGGAUACCCUUACUACAGAUCCACAGUAAGUCAACACUUUGAGUACAUUUUGGAGGCUCCCCAGUCCCUCUGGCCCAAGAGCAGCAGCGGCCAGAUGAGCUACCUGAACAAGUGCCAGUUCUACCCCAUCACCCUGAGAGCACUAGGGGGCACCCCGGUCCCACCCCACCUCAGUGGAGAAGUCCGGAGUGUGGUGAUGCUGGUGUUUGGAGAGGAGAAGCUCACAGAGGACCAGCUCAAAAACUGGAAGUACUGGCACAGCAGACAGCACACAGCCAAGCAGCGUUGCAUUGAUAUUGCUGACUACAAAGAGAGAUUCAAUACGAUCGCCAAUAUUGAGGAGAUCGCCUACAAUGGCAUCUCUUUCACAUGGGACACUAAGGACGAGCCACGGGUGUUUGUGUCGGUGAACUGUCUAAGUACAGACUUCUCCCCUCAGAAGGGAGUGAGGGGCCUUCCUCUCAACCUCCAGAUUGACACCUACAGCUUUGGGAGCCAUGGUCACAAGCUAGUACACAGAGCCUACUGCCAGAUUAAGGUGUUCUGUGACAAAGGUGCCGAGAGGAAGAUCCGAGAUGAGGAAAGGAAGCAUCCUCGCAGGAAGGGAAAGAGACAGGAGACAACCGCAGCAUAUGUGGAAGACCCUCUACAGCUGAAGCAUGUGGCCAUAACAUCGUUCAAAGCCAUGAGUGACAUGGACUCCCAGCCGGUUCUCUUCAUCCCAGAGGUCCACUUCCCCAGCACCCAGCACCACCAUGCAUGCCUAUCAGAUGACGGUGAGGAUAGCUUGGGGCAGAAGAGGCUACUCUACUAUGAUGAGGACUUUGAGUUGGCUCCUCAUAAGAGAGCCAGGGGGGACGGGCCAGAGAAAGUGCUGCUUUAUGUCCGUAAGGAGACAGAGGAGGUGUUUGAUGCUCUGAUGCUGAGGACGCCCACUCUGGCAGGACUACUGGAGGCUGUAACUGAUAAAUACGAGCUGCCGCUUGAGAAAAUGGGGAAAGUCUACAAGAGGUGCAAAAAAGGGAUCCUAGUCCAUAUGGACGACAACAUCAUCAAGCAUUACUCCAACGAGGAUGCCUUCCAGAUCAACAUGCAAGAGGUGGGGGGGAAGAUGCUGCUGACGCUGACUGAGAUCUGAGCCCGGACAAGGGAAGUAUUCGUCAGGACAAACAACAUUUUGCAACGGAAAACAAAAAUGAGCUUUUCUUAUUGGAGCAGUCCCAAGUUAUUAGAUCUCUGGUUUUAGUGUUUUUUUAUUCUGUUUUUCAGUCCUUUUUCUACUUAGUGAAUAGUAUGAACACGACCCUGGUCAGGAGGAGUGGAGUCUGUUGUUAUUGGCCUCCAGGUUGAGACCCUUGGAGGUGACACACAUGUUGACCCCCGGCAGCCGAGGAGGGGCCCACAACAGUAGGAUUAGUCACGUGUUUACACAACUGUAACAUACUUCUACAAGGAAAACAAGAUAUUUUCAUGAGUUCUGCAUUUCUGCUGCGCCAGUGCCUAUGAGGCCAUUUCUGGUGUGGUUGGUUGCGCAACAUGGCUACCUUGCUCGCUGGCAAGAAAAAUACAUUUAAGUAUUUUCACGCAAAAUGUGACUGAUUGAUUGAUUCACAAGCAGCGGAGUGGAGUCACACCGUACUGCUGGGGCUUUUUGGCAAUCACUGUAGCUAUGGUACAAGAUGAAACUAUGAUGAGGACCAUUUGGAAACAAUAUUGUGUAACGGCCAAUUAUAUUUUCCUACUUUUUAGACGGUUUUUCUAAUGUGUAGUUUUUGAUCAACUACUUUUUGGUGGAUAUAUACAGGCAAGACAGCAGAGUUGACUUCAGAAUGCCAGUGAACGUAUGAAAGUAUUAUGUAUUAUUUUAAAGUAUAUUUGGAAGAUAUGUAAAACAUGAUGCGGUGACUGGCUAUUUCUGCCAGUACUUACUUUUAUAUUUAUUUUUCAGAACUCUUGACGUGAUGAUUACAUUUUUUGUAAGUUUACAUCAUGAAAAAAGUUAUAUAGUAAUUCAAUAAUAUAGCUAUGUAUUUAUAUUUGCAUUUUUUAAAUGUUGUGCCAAGUAUGUUGUGUGUGUCUGAAUCUAGAUUUAUAGAUGGCAACACCAUUUUUUGUGAUGACAGAAUGUGAGUCUUUUUUUGCAACAGGAAAUGAGGGUUGGGGGUCAGGAAGUGUGUGUUAAUUUGGAGUCAGUCCUGUCAGCAGAUGCUUACCCAUAGUGGUUAUUAAAUUUG